CCGUAAGAUAAGCUCCGAAAUUAGAGCUAUAUCUUCAAAUGGCCAACCGAGUAUUACGAAACUAAAAAUCGUGCCCUAUACUUUAUUUUUAAAUCAUCAUUAGAUCGCUAAGAAGCAAAUGUUAAGUAUAACUUGUGAAUUAUCGUAGCGCUAUUUAAUGAUGAACACUUCUACGCACGUCGUGUUUUUAUUGUAGAAAUUUCUUCAUAAAAAGACGAGUCUCACUUAUCGGGUUUCAUUUAAAGUUGUUUCGUUUGCUUCAGCUGAACGAUAAUGAAUAUUUCUCAAAAGCAGCAAUAUCAAAUCUGGGAGAGUAACGAGGAGAUUCAAGCAUUUCGGGAAUACUUAAGAAUUCCUUCCGUACACCCCGAUGUUGACUACGAUGAGUGCGUACACUUUUUGCGUCGACAGGCAACUUCGUUAGACCUAGAAGCGGAAGUUGUUGAAGUAAACCCAGCAAAACCGGUCGUCAUCAUUUCCUGGGUGGGUACCGAUCCGUCGGCUCCGUCAAUUAUUCUGAACUCUCACAUGGACGUGGUACCUGUUUAUGCGGAAAUGUGGUCCCACCCUCCGUUUGCGGCCCAUAUGGACGAGGAAGGAAGAAUUUACGGUCGCGGUUCACAGGAUAUGAAAUGUGUGGGUAUUCAAUUUUUAGCCGUGAUUCGGACACUGAAACGCGAAGGGGUUAAACUGAGAAGGACACUUCACGUGACUUUCGUUCCGGAUGAGGAGACUGGAGGUGAACUGGGAAUGAGGGACUUUGUUCGUACGGAGAGGUUCAAGAAACUCAAUUGCGGUUUUGCUAUCGACGAAGGGUACGCGACGGAGGAAGAAGUGUUUAGACUGUUCUACGGGGAGCGGGCCAUCAGACGAGCAAACUUUUAUAUAUCUGGCACUCCGGGUCACGGUUCUUUGUUAUUGAGCGGUACGGCCGGUGAGAAGGCACGCAAACUAUUGGACAGAAUGAUGGAUUACCGUGCAAUGGAGGAGAAAAAAUUGGAAAACAAUCCAGAGCUAUCGAUAGGGGACGUAACAAUGCUGAAUCUAACGAUGUGUGCGGGUGGAGUUCAAUGUAAUGUUGUUCCCCCGGAGAUUAUGCUGUGUUUCGACAUCCGAGUUUCGAAUGAUAUCAGUAUCAAGCAAUUCGAUGCUCUAUUGGAAAAAUGGUGCAACGAAUCCGGCGGAGGAAUUCGUAUCGAGUUUGCUGUGCAGAAUCCUGUCACUGAGGUGACCAGACUUGAUGAUUCCAAUCAGUUUUGGGUUGCUUUGAAAGGCGCGUUGGAUAAAAUGAACCUUGAAGUACGCCCCCGAAUCAAUCCUGGGGCGACUGACAUAAGAUUUCUACGAGAAUUGGGAAUUCCAGCGGUUGGAUUUUCUCCGAUGAACAGAACACCGGUCUUGCUGCAUGACCACGAUGAAUACUUGCAUGCAGAAACAUUCCUGAAGGGUAUCGAUAUUUACAAAGAAAUUGUGGUGGCCAUUGCAAAUGUUUGAUUUAUGCAUAUUUCAUAAGA